CGCCCAUUUACGAAUUUCACCGACACGACACCAGAACAGGGCCCCACUGCACCUCAAACAGUUCAAUGAUGGCGCGAUAAGUUGUUUGCGCUACGCAAUGCGUCCGACGGGCUCAUGGAUCCUGGUUCUGCGAGGGUCUCGGCCUUACCUGUGCGUGAACAAGAUAUGUCAUUGGCCAUCUUCCCCGGAUUCGCAGCAUCGGCGCGAUUCUGAGCCAAGUCAGCAUCAUACGUUGCUGAGAUAACAGUGCGGAAUGUAGAGUUAGGAUUAGAUAUGUCGUGCUCAAGAGCUUCACCGGAGAUAUAAGGACAGUCACCAUCAUCACGAAGAGUAUCUGUACCAGUCUCUCAACUCAUUAAAAGCCACCUGAUCAUAACCUCUCAUCGUCCAACAAUGUCUAUCAAGAACGUCGUCAUCGUUGGCGCUGGAGGCAACCUUGGGCCGUCUAUUCUGAAGGCCUUUCUCGAGUCCUCCUUCACCACCAGCGUCCUUUCUCGGGAGGGCUCCGACUCUACAUUCCCAUCUGGCGUCAAAGUCCUGCGUGCCGACUACGACUCAGUUGACAGCCUUAAGCAAGCUCUCCAAGGGCAAGAUGCGGUUGUCUCUCUCGUUGGUGGUAACGCUCUGGGAGCCCAAAAUAAACUCAUCGACGCUGCAAUUGCAGCAGGCGUGAAACGCUUCCUUCCCUCUGAGUACGGUAGCAACACACCCGAUCCCAAGGUACUGGCCGCUGUACCUGUAUUUGCGGGCAAGAUUGGCACCGUAGACUACCUCAAGAGCAAAGAGAACGUCAUCAGCUGGAGCAGCGUGAUCACCGGGGCCUUUUUCGACUGGGGCCUCAAAGCCAGCUUCCUUGGCUUUGAUGCUCAGAGCAAGACAGCUACUAUCGUUGACGGCGGUGAUGUCACAUUCUCCGCCACCAACCUCAAGUUCGUCGGCGAGGCUGUCGUUAAGGUCCUGGAAAACGCGGAAGCUACAAAGAAUCAGUACAUCUAUGUUAGUGGUUUCCAGGUAUCACAGAACGAGAUCCUGGCGGCCGCAGAGAAGAUCACAGGGGAGAGGUGGACGACCAACAAGGUCAGCUCAAAGGAUCUUGUUGCAAAGGGCAACGAGCUGUUGCAGAAGGGUGACUUCUCCGGAAUCGGCCCGCUUCUUCAGGCAGUGAUAUUCGGUGACCACAAACUUGGUGACCUGAAGCCGUCCGGGCUGUGGAACGAGAAGCUAGGUCUUAAACAGGAGAGUCUUGAGGACAGCGUCAAAGCUGGCCUCUCCGGAAAGCUGCUGCAUGAAGCGUAAACAUUGUUGAUAGCAAAAUUAAUGAACGUGGCUCACUUGUUCGUGUACCAAUUGC